AAAAACGCAACUAAAUCUUCCAAGCUGAGACAACGAAUUACCCUUGUCACGAUCUCGAGUUCGAGGAGGCCUCUAGCGUCCCGAGGCCGUAUUGGGGACCAGCAGAUUGCAAGUCUCGAGGACGCAAAUGAAGAAACGUGCCCCCUCAAUCCCGAAGCAUCGGACGAGUCCGAAAGAGAAGGGUUCCUAGACGUGGACCUGGCCGAUCCGCCUCCUUCCGUCAAAACAUCCGAGAUGAAUCGAUAUGCGGCUUUUCUGUACUUUUUCUUACUGAUCCUGUGCAACUUCUCGAACAAGUUCGUGCUGACUGUGUUGGGGUUUCACUACCCCAUGGUCUUCCAAGGAUGGCAAAUGCUGGUGGGGGUCAUUCUUUACCAGAUUCUCAGAGCUACCGGUGCCAUUACAUUUGCUUCAAUCCCGAUGGACCCAUCUGGGUUCAUUAGCUUGUUGCCUAACUUUCUCUUCUUCACAUCGGGAAUCAUCGCUGGUUCCAAGGCCUUGGCAUCCAUUCCUUUGGUAUUAUUUCUGGCCAUUGGCAACUGCCUGCCCGCCUCGCUUCACCUGGUGGACGUGUUUUACUCAAAACCAAAUCAAUAUGGUGGCAAGUCUCUCUUGGGAGCCAUUUUUGUUUUAGUGAGCGCCAUGGCUUUGCUGGUAACCGAGCCCCGAAUGUCAUUGCUCGAAUCUCCCUAUUUUUGGCUUUGUGUGCAUGUCAUUUGUCAACUGUUCUAUACAUUGCAUGGCCGCAUUGCUGAUGCCCGCUUCAAUUCGGUAGACCGCCAAUACUACAGUUACAUUUUUGGGCUUAUUGUCCUGGCUCCAGCAAGUUUGUACUUGGAAGAAGCCUUUAAUGUGCUCGAAUUUCAAGAGAUCUCUCAGAUCAUGUUUAUUUGCGGCUCCAUCGUAAGUGCCGUAUCUGGUGUCUUCCUUCAUCUCUACCAAUCUCGUCUACGCAAUGAUUCCAAUUUCGGGAAAGUCCACCAUGUGGGCAUCAUUCUCACGGCCUUGUUGUCAUUGAUACCCUUUGAACACGAAUUUUCCGGCAUGCACGCCCCCAUCAUCUCCCUGACAAAUAUCUUGUCGCUUUACUUCAUCCCUUGUCACAUUAAUCCCGAUGAGACGAAGCUGACCGAGUCUUCCAUCAAUUUCUCUGUUUGAAGGACUCUCCAAAGACAAAAAAAGUUACCCUCUUUACUGUAAAUUGUGAUAUAGCUUACAACAACUCAAAUCUAUUUUUAUGUUCCGGGUUCGAAAUACCAAUAAUAAACGCUCCCUGGUACGCUAUCA